GAUUUAAAGUGGUUCACCAAGGCUACAUUCACCAUUGUAAGCCAAUGUAUUCAUCAUGUGUUUAGAAAUUAUAAGAGUUGAAAGCUCAACACAAGUUGAAGGAAUUACAUCAUUGGAGUAUAUGUGCAAGUUAAAGAUAUCGGAGUAGAGAAUUACAUGGUAAGUAGGGGAUACAAGAGGCUUAAGCAUUUAGCUUAGUUAUACACCAAUUACAUACUGCAAUGAAAUAUAUAUAUAUAUAUAUAUAUAUAUAUAUAUAGAGAGAGAGAGAGAGAGAGAGAGUUGUAUGACACAAUAGCAUGAAGAAUACUCAGAGGAUGUUGUUCCUCAUCUACUCGUUUGAGCACUCUUUGUGCUCGUUCGAGCAGUACCACCUGGGAGCCAAUGGUUCGUUGUUUGCUUGCUACAAUGUGUUCCUUGGUCUCACCAAUGCUGAGUGCGUAUUGUUCACAAUACCAUUGUGUUAUACUUGCCGGACAUGUCGCGGAUAGUAGACCGACUACCAAACGAGUCACAGGAUGACUCACAGAGUACCCAUGUAAACUUAUGAUAUGAGUUUGAAAUUGAUUUGAAUCCAUUGAGAUCUUAUGAUUUAGGAUGAAAAAUGAGAAUUUGAAUGACUAUAGCCAUUGAACUGGGAAUGAUAAUAUGAUUUAUCAAAUGAAAAAGCAUAUUUCAAAAUGAAUUUACUCAAAUCAAAAAGGUUUUAAUAACUUGUUUGACGGACACUAGUGUGUUUAUACUCGGCCUUUUUGCUGAUACUAUGCUUUGUAUGUUUUUCCAAUGGUUUUGCUUUUAGAGUAAACCCCUAUGGCACCUCGACGGAGAAUGAAUAUGCGAGUGGAAGAUAAACCCGAGUUGGAGUUUGACUCCCCUUUUUAUUUAGAUCUCUUUAUUGUAUUUGAGAGACUAUUAGUUUAGUUGUUUAGAUUUACUUUAUUUUAAGGAUGUAAUUUGAACUUUGGACUUAUUCCAAUUUUGUUGUAAUUUUCCUAUAUUUUGGACAGUUAAGACUUCCGUUAUAUUGCUUUGGUUUGGUUCAAGUAUUUUACUUGAAUAUUGGUUUGACCUUUAAGUAACCCCUUAUUUAUGUUGGCAAAAGUAAGUUUCUGCUUGAUUAAUACUAAAUUCUAAUUAGUGUUUGCCUUCAUAAUUCGAGGCGGUUAUAGAUAAUCAUUCAAAAUUCACAAAUUAUUUUUAGAAAAGAAAUUUACCAGAAAUUUAGAAAUAUUUUUCUCUAUAAAUUGAGACCCACUAUAUAAUAUUUUAUUUAGAUAAAAAAAUAGUUUUUUAGUUAGGGUAAAUGAGAAAAGAUAGUGAGAUUUAAUCAUAUUGUUUGCUAUUAAAAAAAUAGUUUUCAUUUUUUUAUUUACUUGAUGUGGAGAACAGAGAAAUGAGAAAAGAGAGGUGAAAAUUUUUUUGUUGUUCAUGGAUAAAGAUGCUCUAACUAGGAGUGUUUAAAAAAAUCCGAUCCGCAUCUUAAAUGGCGGGUCAAUUUUCAAUAACAACAAUAUUUUACGGGUUGGGUACCCGACCUGUCUUAACCGGGUUGGGUCAUGGGCCACUUAAUUAAGUAAAACGGGAUACCCGUUACAUUUGAGGAAUUUUUUUUCAAAAAUUGCAAGUGGGUUACCAACAACUAAAUUUAAGAUCAAGAAGAAAUAAAACAUCAGUAACUAAUAUUAAGAGAGAAAAAAGAAGUCAGUAGCUUCUCUAAAAACAAUGACGUCAGUAGCUAAUAGUCUAAAAGUAAGUAUUAAGAAAGAAAAAUAAAAUGACCAGUAUCUAAUAGUCUAAUACUAUUCACAAAGGCUCAACUCUUAAUUUUUUCUUUUAUUCUUUUAAAUUUUGUUUUGCAAAAAAUAAAAUUGAGUAUUCGGUGUCCUGACCCGAUUCAUUCGAGUAGCCAAAUAAAUCAGGCCGGAACACGGGCUUUUAAAAUAAAUACUCCACUUUUCGGAUAGCAGGUUAUAAACACCCAUAGCUCUAACAACCACUACAAAAAGAAAUAAGUGGUCAGAGAUUAUUAACCAAUCUGCACGCCCUCUAAUUUUUUUUUUUAAUCAUCAUACCUUUUAAUCUCAAAACGCAUCGUUAAUCAAUUUAAACCAAAAAAAGGAAAUUGUUAAACCCAUUUCUUAUUUGUCGCCACCAAUUUCAUUUUAUCGCCACCCCCCCUUGAAUGAAAUUACGACUUUACCCCUGAAAUUUAAAAAAUUACGAAAAUGCCACUAAGCUUAUAACUUAUAUAAAAACACUUCAAAUCCACUCAAUAACACUUUCAUCACUUCCAUAAAAUCAAAUUCUUCACAUAAAAUUAAGCGGAGCUAAAACUUUGGAAUCGAAAUCGUCAACAAAAAUUCGAGUAAAUGGCUGGAAAUCAAGGUAAAGGAAAAGGGUUUUUUAGAGGUUUAUUAAGCGGCAAUAGAUCUAGGCCUACUUUACUGAGAGGUGAUCCCCAUGAGAGGGGGGUUACGGGAUCUGCAAGGCGAGCAAGGCAAGAACAAGCGGCCAUACAUAGUCAGGCCCAACGUUCAAGUACCCUAGAGCAAGUGCGUAGUCGCUUUGAGCGCCAAAGUAGCCUACAUAGUCAUACGGUCGGCUCAGGUGACGAUGAUACUGAUUACGACGAGUCUCUUAGUCGGGAAGAGUCUCUUGGUCAGGAUGAGUCUGCAUGUCAUCCUGUUGAUUGGACGAUCGUAAGAGGCCAUGCUGUUAAGUUCAAGAGUAGAGGGCAGGGCUCGAGUGGCACUUCUGAUCAGGCAGGAGUAAGCCAGGCUGAGGAUGCGGCUCCACGGGGGAGGAGGCGAUCGCAGUCCGCGGACACGGACUGGUUAAUCACAUCAGCCCAGCCCGGGGGCCCUGUUGAUACUACUUUAAUACCCAGCUACGGUGGGCACGUAGCAAAGGCUAUAUUUGAGGGAUCGGAGCGCACCCCUCCGAUUUUGGAAUGUCGUGCUCGGAAGAAAACGUUGGAUUCAAUCAUUAGACUUCAGGACAUGUCUGAUGAAUUGUACAGAGUGUUACCUGGUACUCCCCUUGGUCGGCUGCCGUAUAUAAUGCACCAGCACAUCGACAGUGCUCUCAUUACGGCAUUUGUGGAAAGGUGGCAGCCUAACACCAACACCUUCCACAUGCCGUGGGGGGAGAUGACCAUAAUGUUGCACGACGUGCAACGCAUCUUGGGAAUUGGCAUUGACGGUUCACUUCCCGUGCAACCGUCUGAUAAUGAAUGGCAGCUUGGCCUGGCCGGCCUUUUUGGUAUGCCAUUGUCGGAGCUGCGUGCGAAGGGGCACUUCACAAGCGGCAGCAUUAAUGUUGGUGCACUGUUGCAGCUAUGCCACCGUUCUCAGUCUAUGGAUACUCAACGUACCGCCUACUACAUGGCUAUAGUAGGUUCCACGUUGCUCGUGGAUAAGACUAGAGUCGGGAUGCGUCCUCACCCUGUUGUUACUGUUACCGCUGAUGAGGCUGAUAUUGCUUGGGGUGCAGUGACGCUUGCUCACAUGUAUCGCCAACUGGGUAUGGCGACAAGGACUGGGUGCAAGACUAUUGCUGGUUGCUUGACACUGUUGCAGACAUGGAUUUACGAGUACUUCCCAGCCUUCCGCCCCCAUCCGCGUCAAGCUGACAUGCCGAACAAGACAAGGGCAGAGAUGUGGUCCCCGCCGAAGCCAAUCCGCGAGCUGAGCAGACUGAUAGACUGUAGGAGCAUACUGGAUGCCAUGACAGAGGCACAGGUGGAGUGGACUCCGUACUUGACUUAUGAUAGGUCUUUAUUGAACGAGCACCCACGUACCUCGUAUAUCGGUGGUAUCACCUGUUUCGAUAUCGUGGAGGUCUAUUUGCCUGAGAGGACAGUGAGGCAGCUCGGUUUUGCACAGGAGAUUCCCCCGGCUCCGCUGAGACCUACCCAAGCUCUGCGACCAGCACAGGGCUCCUACUCAGUUACAUUCGCUUCUUCCUGUAUGUUUACGGAGAUGUGGAGUAGGUUCCCUUACUGUGCCCGCGUAGUGGAGCAGGCACAGCGUCGCGCAUCGGUUCCAUCAGAGGCUGCCCCGGAUUACGUGGACUGGUUUAGAGUGUCUUCCCACUGUUUUCUCAUCCCAGGUGAAGGACCUGCUGCUGCGUUUGGUGCUGCUGAUAACAGAGUCGAAUAUUUUGCUGCUGAAUUUCCAACUCGACUUGCACCAUUGCUCAGGAUGCCAGCUAUUGCUCAAAUGACGCCUCGGGAAAGAGAUGCUGCUGAUAUGUAUUUAGAGGAUCUUAGAGAGUUGUUUUCCGAAUGGCAAGAGUGUAGAGGGCGCAGCCCCUUAUAGACAUUUACCUGUUUUGUAAUGCAUGAACAAUUGUUGUAUUUAAUCUUUAUGUAUGAACAACUUUUUAAUCGUUUGAACAAUUGAAUUAUAUAUAAACACUAUGGAG